GGUAUUAUGAAACAGUUAAGGAUUCGAAUAUUUCAAGAAAAUAAUGAAAUUUUUCCCGUGGCCAUAUUUUGGUUGCUUUUAUUGGUUUAAUGGGAUGAAUAUUGAAGGAGGAACAGGAAAAGAAUGCUUUAUCUUAAUCUACAAAAGUUAUUUGUAAUCAAUUUAAUAAGUUGAACCUAUAUAUACCGGUGAUUCUUAUGAUGAUUAGAGAUUCAGUGGAGAGAAGCAAAGUCUAGAGAGAGGCUGUCCUGGUAUGGCUACCGCAUACAAGCCAAAGAACAUUCUUAUAACAGGAGCUGCUGGUUUCAUUGCUUCCCAUGUGUGCAACAGGCUAAUCCGGAACUACCCUGACUACAAGAUUGUUGUUUUAGACAAGCUUGAUUAUUGUUCAAACCCUAAGAACCUCAAUCUCUCAAAAUCAUCUCCCAACUUUAAGUUCAUUAGAGGAGAUAUUCUUAGUGCUGACCUGGUAAACUUCAUUAUCCUAACAGAAAACAUUGAUACUAUUAUGCACUUUGCAGCGCAGACUCAUGUUGAUAACUCCUUCGGCAACAGCAUUAAGUUCACUGAGAACAACAUCCUGGGUACUCAUGUUCUUUUGGAAGCCUGCAAAACCACUCAUCAAGUCAAGAGGUUUAUCCAUGUAAGUACUGAUGAGGUUUAUGGAGAGACUGAUGAGAAUGCAUUGGUGGGAAACCACGAGGCAUCUCAGCUCCUGCCAACUAAUCCAUAUUCUGCCACAAAAGCAGGGGCAGAAAUGCUUGUCAUGGCUUACGGGCGCUCUUAUGGUUUACCUGUGAUAACCACUAGAGGAAACAAUGUUUAUGGACCCAAUCAGUUUCCUGAAAAGCUGAUUCCGAAAUUUAUCCUCUUGGCGAUGAGAGGACAACCUCUUCCAAUUCAUGGGGAUGGGUCAAAUGUGCGGAGUUAUCUUUACUGUGAGGAUGUUGCAGAGGCAUUUGAAACAAUUCUCCACAAAGGUGAAGUAGGCCAUGUGUACAAUAUUGGGACAAAGAAAGAAAGGAGAGUGAUUGAUGUGGCCAGGGAUAUCUGCCAGCUUUUCUCCUUGAAGCCGGAUACUCAAAUUAAGUUUGUGACAAAUAGGCCUUUUAAUGACCAGAGGUACUUCUUGGAUGAUCGAAAACUGAAAGACCUGGGUUGGCAUGAACGAACUUCAUGGAACGAGGGUCUGAAGAAGACAAUGGAAUGGUAUAUUAGCAAUCCUGAGUGGUGGGGUGAUGUUUCUGGUGCACUUGUUCCCCAUCCAAGAAUGCUGAUGGUGUCUGGAAUCGGAACUGGGAAAGAAUUUGAUGGGCAUAAUAUUAGAAAUUCUGGUUCCCCGACAGAUAAUUCUAAUCUUGGCAGAUCAACGACGGUUCCAGCCCCUAAAAAUAAGGACUCACUGAUUGGUAAUGGCUUUGAACCAAGCAAGGAAAGCAAAUUUAGCAUUUCAUCAAGUUAAACCCCGAGACUGAUCUCUGCACUUCUUCGGGUUAUAGGGUUUGGAAUAAUUUCUUUCUUUCAUCAAGCAAUAAUAUCAUUUAUUGUUAUUAUUUUUUGUGAAUUAGUUUGGCCAUUGUUUAAGGGAUGCUGGUAGCCAUAUAUCUGUUAAAUUUUAUAUUAUGAAGUCAUUUAUUCAAUAUAAAUUUUUAACUAUAA